CAGGCAAUCACAGGAUAUAAAAUGCUGCCCAAAAGCAAGCUCCGGAGAACUUCAGUAACCUCGAGGAAAGCUCUGAGGUUAGGGAGACCAGUGAAGCCAAAGAAGACAUGAGGCAUCUGUUGGCACUGCUGAUGGUGACUCUGGCCCUGGCAGCCCUCAGCUGUUGUGGAGAAGAUCCCAAAGACCCCACAGGACCUCCCAGUGCUGACAGCAUCAAGAUUAAAAAGGAAGUUGCCAAUGCCUUUGUGAAGAGGCACAAGAGAUCGAGCCUCUAUGAAUGGUAUGCUGAGUAUUACAAAAGUCCAAUGGAGCAGAUGCAUGAGCGUUGUGAAAACUACCCUCCCUGUGACUAUCUCUCUGACCAAAUAGGAUUUUCCAUGGCUUACAACCGUUUCUUUGGGAGGUACUAAGAAUGGGAUGGUCACUUCAUAAUUUUGCUUGGGACCCCAGGAGAAAGAAGAUUGUGAGUGGGAAGGAAGGAAGAAAAACGUUUAGACAGGGGUCUUCUUCAGGACACCAAGGCAAUAAUUAUCCCACUUGCUGAGCUUGCAUUAGCUUUCUUUCUUUCUUUCAUCAAAAACCUUUUUCUUCAGUUGUCUUUUGUUGUAUUUUCAGCUUCACUAGAAGACUCUUGUCUAAGCUCCUUCCAUUUGAAUCCUCAGGACACAAUAUGAAAAAAUUGUGGCUCUUUUCAAGAAAAUCAAUGUAUGUCUUAGAAACAUAACAAGAUAUUUUGUCUUCUGUAAAAUGCACGAGGAUUACAAAAGGAGAAUGGCUGCCUUCUUUUCAGGUAGAAGAAACACCCUAACUGUGUUCCAGUAUAGGAUCAUUUUGCAAAGAUAGAAGUGUGGAAGUACAGUGACAUAGACAGAAAUCAGUUUUCUGAUUAUUCUGUCACAAAACUUGCCUUGUUGUUUUUGUUACAGCUGGUUUCUGGUGAAACUGAAUAUAUCCAAGCAGAACAAAAAAAAAAAAAUCUGUUACUCUCUGAUGUUUUAGUAUUUAUGCUUGAAGGGAAAAGUGUAUAAACAGUUGCAAAAAAAGCAAGCAAGUUAACAAGAAGCAAUACACUUUAUGAAAUAAACAAAAAGACAGAAUUUUGUUUAUUCAAGACCACUUUUAUCUCUCUCAUAUGCAUAUAUAUAUAUUUAAAAGUUGUGUGUAUUUAUAUACAUAUCCUUUUCCCUCUGCACUACUUCAUUCUCUUCUCUAGUAUGAAUAUUAGACGUUAGCAACUUUCUGCACAGCCUCCCUUGAAGUGCUCUGUCAGCUUCCCUUCCCUGAGAGGUCGAUGUCAGAUCCCAUCUCCAAGGACAGGGACUGCUGACCCUCAGGAGACUGAGAGAGACUGAAUCUCUCUGGUUACCUGUAAGCUGGUGCAGCUAUUCCCCGCUACUGCAAUAAAUACUGCUAAUGUAAAGCA